CUGAGCCUUUGCUGACGAGCUUCACAUCUCACCGAGAUUCAGACAAGACAGCCCACAAACUCUCUCCACUAUCCUAUAUCCUCUUUCCCAACAAUUCCCUUCGACGUCCCCUCUGCUCAGGUCACAAAAUACUGGCGCGAAACGUUCCAGGUCGCAGCAUCUGAUCACCAAAAUCAUGGCAUCUGCUCGCCAUGUCGUCGUCUCGACGGCCUCAGGAACCGGCCAGGCACAAAAGUUCUAUGAAACACAGUUGACGGACACUUUCAAAUCUCUUGGUUUCAAGGAAGAUGAACACUUCUUUGUCCAUCUCACUAAGUCUGAGGAUACCAUCACGGAACUUACGAGAGAUGUCUUUCUUCCCGCUGCAAAUAAGGGAGCUGUUCUUUCCAUCAUCUUGCUUAGUGGAGAUGGCGGUGUCGUGGAUAUUAUCAAUGCCAUCUUGACUUCCUCCCGAGGCCCGGACUUUGCUUGCCCGGAAAUCACACUGCUACCACUAGGCACUGGAAACGCACUCGCGAACUCGCUGGGUGUCACAGCAGACGAUAGCAUGGGGUUGACGACAUUGAUGCAAGGAAAAUCGCGACCACUACCAAUCCUUCGAACCACUUUCUCUCCAGGCUCAAGACUACUCGUCCACGAGGGCAGCGAAGAAGCCGAACUCCACAGCUACAACGGCAAGCCGACCAUUUGGGGAGCUGUGGUGUGUAGUUGGGGUAUGCAUGCUUCUCUCGUUGCAGAUAGUGAUACGACCGAGUACCGCAAACAUGGCGUCGAACGCUUCCAAAUGGCAGCGAAAGCCGCGCUCUACCCAGAGGAUGGCUCAUCACCUCACAAGUAUCGCGGUCGUGUCUCAGUUCUACGCCGAUCAGAGUGGCACGAGCUCGAUGAGAAAGAACAUGCCUAUGUCCUUGCAACCUUCGUCUCCAACCUCGAAGAGGGCUUCACCAUUUCACCCGCCUCGAAACCUCUUGAUGGCAAACUGAGGCUCAUUCACUUUGGUCCCAUGUCCGGCGAUGAAGUGAUGAAAGUUAUGACAAAGGCAUACGAUCAAGGCAAACACGUUGAGGACGAAAGAGUGCGCUAUGAAGAAAUUGAUGGCUUGAGAAUAUCCUUCGACGACUCCGAAGAAGACGGCCGCUGGAGAAGAAUUUGUGUUGAUGGCAAGAUCAUCCGAGUCGAGAAGGGUGGCUGGGUCGAAGUCACCAAGGAAGACGCACAUGUCCUUGACAUCGUGUGCGGCGCUGAGCAUGCUUGAUUGCGAUUGAUACCCACAAAGCUAGAUCUGACGAUUAACGAAUACAAACAUGCCAUUCUCGAUUUUCACAACGAUUAAUCACAAAAUAAAGCCCCCAUAGCGCUUCAAACCUCUGCUACUAUGGACUUCUGUAUUACAAGAAGCAAAAAAAAGGACCUCCCAACCCAACUCCCACCAACCGUCUUUAUUUCGCUCCGAGCGGGCACGGAUCAAUUGAUGAGAGCCAAAUUGCUCAGUCGUAGACGGCCCAGCCUGGGCUCGAACCAUUGCGCUGGAGUGAUGAACAAGCCACCACACCAUUGGACCGCUACAGAGAUUGAGUUGGUUUUGGGCUAAUAUGUAGGUUGUGGUUGAAAGUGAAGGCAUGGUUACUUGGGAGGUAAGUGAGUGAACCAAAUCCUUACAGUGAGAGAGAGAGAGAGUCAAGUCGUGUGUAAUGUUGGAUUUCAAGAGAGACUCACAAGUGAAACACAUUUCUGUUGAAAUCAUACCA